GUGGCGCAGCUAGCAAGCUUGCGGAAGCCGCUCUGCGGGGCAGUAGCCGGGAUGGUGCAGUUGUACAACCUGCACCCUUUCGGGUCGCAGCAGGUGGUCCCCUGCCAGCGGGAGCCAGAGCAGUUCUGCUGCGGGGGACCGGACGCGCUGUUCGUGGCUUCGGGCUGCAAGGUGGAGGCGUUCGCGGUGCAGGGAACAGAGCUGUGCAAACCGCGCUGCUCCUUUUCCACGCUGGGCAGGGUGCUGCGCAUGGCCUAUAGUGAAGCCGGAGACUAUCUGGUGGCAAUUGAAGAGAAAAGCAAUACUACGUUCCUGCGUGCUUACCUGAACUGGAGGAGUACGAGGACUGAAACCUCCCGCGUGUGCAUCCGGAUGGUUGGGCACAGUGUGGAGGCGCCCUUCUGUGAAAGUCUUAGAGACCAGAUGUCUAUAGUUGAAAUGCCUUUGUCGGAGGCUCCUUUGUGCAUUUCAUGUUGUCCUUUGAAAGGAGAUCUACUUGUUGGCUGCACCAACAAGUUAGUCUUAUUUACUUUGAAGUACUGUAUCAUUAAUGAGAACUUCUCAGUGUUGGACUUUGAGCGUUCAUUAAUUAUACACAUAGAAAAUGUCAUUCCUGUUGAAAUUUCUUUCUGUGUUGGGUAUGUUGCUGUCAUGUCUGACUUAGAAGUCUUAAUCUUCAAACUGGAGUCAGACUCUACAAAUGGAGAGAGAGCUAAACACCACCCACCAAAAACCAACAACCAACUGAAACAGAAGGAAGAUGUCAGUAAUGAAGCUUCACAGCUUGAAUCAGAGGAUUUUGUCAUUUGCCUAAAACCCAUGGAGCUUCUUGGUGAAAAAUGUAAACAGUCUGGAAUAUCUGUUAAACUGGAGCCCACAGGAUUGGCAGAUGAAAACGUAAAAUAUUUAAGUGUACAGCACCUGCUGUAUAGACGGUUUGCUCCCGAUAUUUCGUUCUAUGCCUUGUCUGAUAACAUCAAGUUACAUUCUCUUCAGCUGCUGCCUAUUCACCAAACAGGACUGUUUUGGACUCAGGCACCUGCAUCUUUUAAGUACUCACCAGAAAAGCACCAAAAUUGAUACCAGAAGACUCUGCACUUGCUCAUGAUAUGUUUCUGGAGAGAUAUAAAUGUUGCUAUAAUCCAAUGUCUUUAUAAUGUUAUUUUUAAGUAAAUAUUGAGUAGCUACUGUUGUUGUGCUGAGUACUGAAUAAAAGUAGGCAACAUGCUUGUGCUUAUGAAGUUAAUUAUCUAAUGGUAAGAUCAGAUACUGAUCAAAUACUGACAAAAGUGUGGUAUGGACCUAAUGGCGACCAUUGUGGCUUGUCAAAGUUCCAACAUUUGAAACUGCAGACCACACUUUUCCAGCACCUUGUAACUUUCAUUUUUAAUGAUUCUCAGUAUUUGUUAUGAGAGUUCCCUUAUGCCUUUUCUUUUGAGAAAUUUUGUGCGGGCUUUAAAGGACAAAAAUGUGUAAAACAGCAGCCUCUUUAAAAAAAUAGUUCACUGGAAAAAAAGUCCCUGUCACCAAGGAACCAGGCAUCCCAUUGUGCCUCCUAAUUACACCAAGAACUGGAAAGUUAGAGAUUUACUAGACACAUCUGACCCCAAGCAUGAAACUCCUACAAUCCAGAUCCCGAGUCUGAGGCCACUUGGGGGCAAGAGUUCAGUUAAUAAAUAUAGAGAAGUCAGAAUGGUACAGUACAGUGGGAAAAGAGCAAGACAUCGGGACCUUCCACUUUUGGAGUGUGUGAGAGGAACAGGCUCGCAUAGUAAGACUAAGACACAAAGGGACACACUUAGGGAGCAGCUCCAUGAUUACCCCCUUGAGGACGAAAAUGCUCUGAAAUUAUAGUGGAAUGUCUGGUCCCUGGGGAAGUCCUUUUCCCAAGUUCAGGCAUUUGGAUAAAUAAGGGUCUCCAUCCCUCCUGGGCCUUGAGGAAAGUUCCUGCUUGCUAAAAGCCGUCAUUCUCCUUAUGAACUGGCAGGAGGAACUUGUGCCCCUUCCUUGAUGUAAGAGGGUUCCUGGUAGAGUUACUGAACUUCUGAGGACAAUAGACAUUUAGAUACUAGCUUUGUUUUAGAAAAAAAAUGCUAUAAUUAAGUUAAUGGCUGCUUUUUGUCCAUGAAUCAUUGAAUCUGCUUUCAAUCUUUCCUGUGGCUAAACUAUAAAGUACAAAAGGUGUAUUUCUUUUUCAAUAAACACUGCUGGCAGCCAUCCUGAUUUACCGUCA